ACAGGGAAUAGAAUAUUAUCUCUUUUUCUUUUGCACUUUGCUUCUCACUCUUCUUUUUCUCUCUCUAAAAUUCCGUGUCCAUGGAGCCUCCACCUUCCUAUUCUUCUUAUUCUGUGUUCUCAAUCUCACUUCACUGCCACCCACAAAUGCACGAUCCCAUUUUCUUCUUUCUCUUCUUCGCAUCCCUCUCUCUCCUCUCUCUCACCUUUCUCUCUUUCUCUCUCUACAAACGCUUCUCGAAGAAGGAACACGCACACAACCAUUCUUCCCCUGACCGAGAAAAUGACCCGACCCAUUUGACCCGAUCGAUUUUAUUUGAAGUUCUGCCGCCCGAUUCUGCGAAAUGGGCGAGCUUGUUUGAGGAGCCAGAUUCGGGUUCGUCGGGUUUGGAGGGCCCGGGAGGGGAUCAAAGAGGGAAGAAGAAGAAAAGGAAGGCUAAGAAGAAGAGAACGAAUUCGGGAACCGAAGAAGAGAAAGGCGCGGAGUUGGAGAGCGGGAAGACGGGUUUGGAUUCGGGGCUCCGACUUGAAUCCGCGUGCUUGUACCCGUUUACUUCUUCGAGUAGUGCUAUGCAGAGAAGGAUCAAACAACAGUAUGAUGAACUCGUCAAGUGCAAUGAGUCUAAGAAAUUGACGCUGGCACAGGUUUUUCUUAGUUUCCAAUCCUUUUUUUUUUUAUGUAUAUUUUUCUUAAAUUUUGAAUUUUGUUUGUUUGGUGUAUGAUGCGUUUUUUUUUUUUUUUCAUUAAUUUGUGGCCCUUUUGUUUUAUUGUAGAAAUUCAUGGUUAUAUUUUGAAUUUGCUUGCUACCAUUUCCCGCAAGUGUUGAAUUGGGUGAUAUAAUACAAUAGGGAAAUGAGCAAUUCUGUGUCUUUAGCUUUGUGUGCUUGCUCUCUAUAUAUGCAAGGAUUGUAUAUUUUUUGGUGCUUUUGAGAACGUUAUUCGUUAUUGAGAUGGCAUGGAGAAAGAAAAUAAAGGGAAAGAAUGGUUGCUGAUUGCACUAGCCACGAGCUUAAUGUUUAGGAACUGGCAUUAGGCUUAUUCUUUGUGGAGAUUGUUAGUUUGGUUAUUUGUUGAAGUGAGGGAGUUAUCUGAAGAAUUCCUUCAAAAUAAAAAGACCUGAUUCUCUGUGGAGGAUGCAUAUUAGAUUGGAUUG